AUGGCGCCAGUGCACAUGGAUCCCGCUUUGGUUUCUGACCCACCGCAUUCCUCUUGCGAGCCUCCGCCGCCCUUCGUGCGAGUCAUCUCACUGGGCUCCAACUGCUUGACUGCAAUGUGGUUGCAGCACAAUGGCUGGAGAAAGUCUGCAAUGCCCUUUGACUGGGUCUUCUCAUCUCCUGCUAUGGUAAGGGACUGCCUGCAUGAUGACUUUCGCAGCUUUUUGGAUCCUCGCGAGUACCGGCCCUUGGGCAAGCGAGGUGCCCCGUGCGGGCACCGGCCACGCGCGGUACUCGGAGCUGCGACUGCCUGGCCGUUGGCCAUCCUUCACGUCCGCAAGGAUAUCCAGCAGCGGACAUUUUCAAGGGUUCGAACUCAUCUUGCAACGAAGGGCUACAUUUCUUCGGGCCCCCUCAGGAAUGCUACACCAACAGAUGGGCAAAGUGACGGCACUUUGUUGGGAGCCAAGGUCCACUUGCCCACAGGUGCAGCAGAAGAGAUCGAUCCUUUUAAGUUUUUCGAGGAUGAGAGCCAAAAUGCAGUUUUCGCUCAAGCGGCGCUGGGCAGGGCUGAAGUAUGUUGUGAGAAAGAUGAGCUUGUCUGUGAUGGUUUUGUACCAGACGGCUACCGGGACGCUGCGCAAGCAAACUCUGCCCAGAGCGAGAUGUUCCUUUGUCGCUGGUGCAAUUUGAAGUUCGAGAGCCGCAACAAGCUCUUCAUGCACCUGCGAAGCAGCGGUGCGUGCAUUCAGCGCAUUUCGGAGGUGGACUCUGCACUGACGUCGAUGACGCAGAAGGCCCAGCCUUACGCCUUUUUGUUGGGGAGCCUGGGCCGGGGCCUCUCUGGCACGGCCGCGUUGUCGGAGGCUCUGACUUUAUUGGGUGCACUGGGGAUUGACGUUCAGGAUCUCGGAGAUUUCUCGUGCCCUGCCGUCGGAAGAGUGUUGCUUGCCAGUUUCUCCUGUGCAUUUGCUGGAGAUGCCUUGAGGCAACGUCUGUUGGCCAGGUUGCAGGAAAUACCACUCGCGAUGCUGCAUUCACUCGUGCAACUGAAGAAAUCGCAACUUAUUGACUUACAGAGCAGUUUGGUGCAGCGGCAUUUCGCCUAUCUCUUGGAUGUCGUUGCACUCACGAGCAGAAGCGAGACAUGUCCCAACGACUUCGAGGAGUUGCGACCGAAACUGAAACGGCUGAAGGAGGCCAUGCAGGAAGUUAAGCUGUUGCGGAGAGAGACUUCACGCGAAGGCUCCGCAGGAGAUGAGGAAAUCAAGAUGGUCCAAAGGAUGUCUUUGCACGGAAAGCCAUAUGUUCUUGUACGAAUUUCAGGGGAUGCAUCUCUGUCCGAGCAUGCCUGCUGUGUGUAUAUGGCAAUUUCUUUGGCAUUCUUCCAUGGAUGGCACCGGCGUUUGUCACACGCUACUUUCACCGACAUUCCCGGAUUGCCUUCAGAUUUUCUGUAUUUCGAGGGCUACCGCUUCAUGCAGCACGAGAAGCGAAACGGACCUGUAUUUGGAAGGGGCUGCCUGCCAUGGUCUUCAGACGAUGCCUCUGGUGUCGUAGAAUGGAGGACAAGGCUGCAAGAGCAUCUGACGAAGCCGUCCACGGUAGACUGGCAGCAGGUUUUAGAAGAGCUUCGGACCGCAACACUCAAGCUGCCAGACACGGAAAGGGUGCUGCUUGGUUGGCCUCGCACUCGGUCUUACUCCAUGGCCGUGUGGCGCCAGGAUGUCCGUCCAUUUGACUUUGCUAAGGACAAGAAAACGGGCGAGAAGUUUGCUGUUAAGAAAGUCACGAAUGCAUUCAAUGACUUGGUUGAUGGCAAACGAAUACUGCGUGAGGUGAAGCUUCUGAGGCAGCUGGAUCACGACAACAUCAUCCGAAUCAUGGACAUGUAUCCUCCACCCGGUCCGGACUUCGAGGAUAUCUAUAUCGUCACAGACCUCAUGGAGACAGAUCUCCACAGAGUGAUCUAUUCCAAGCAGCCUUUGACAGAGGAGCACCACCAGUAUUUCAUGCAUCAAAUACUCCGUGGCCUGGCAUACCUACACAGCGCCCACAUAGUGCAUCGCGAUAUCAAGCCCUCGAAUCUUCUGGUCAACAAGAACUGCGACCUGAAGAUUUGCGACUUCGGCCUGGCGCGUGUGUUGGCUACGGAUGCGGAGGACUCCAUGGGGCGCACGGACUACGUGGUUACCCGCUGGUACCGGGCCCCUGAGGUCAUGUUGGUGUCCUCUGACUAUACUGUCGCCAUUGAUGUUUGGGCUGUGGGCUGCAUCCUCUUCGAGCUGAUCUCGCGUAAACCCUUAUUUGCAGGCAAGGAUCACGUCGAUCAGUUGCGGAAGAUCAUCAGCACCCUCGGCACACCAUCAGAGGCUGAAAAGCAUUGGUUGCCGGAAGAGGGGACAGCUCGCUCGUUCCUGAUAAAGUGCGCUCCCGCGCCGAAGGUAGAGUGGAAGAGCUUGCUUCCCACGGCCAGCGACGACGCGAUUGAGGUUGUUUCCAAGACCGUGACCUUCGAUCCCACUGCGCGCAUUAGUGUUCCUGACACGUUGAGACUCAAGUAUUUGGAUCAUCUGUUCGAUGAAGAAGACAUGGUUCUGGACACUUGCACCACGAAGAUCGACUGGUCCUUCGACAAUUUCGAGCCAACCAAGCAGCUCCUCCAAAGCUACAUCUAUUGCGAGCUGGCAAGCUUUCACCCAGAGAUUGUUGAACGGGACAAGGAUCUGCUUGCAGCUCGUGGUAUCGACAAGCUGCUGGAAGUUCCCAAGGCUGAGAAGAAGUCACUGUGA